AUGCUGAGGCACUUCAUGAGGCUUGAUAUUGACAACGAUCUGCUGACGGCAAUGGCAGAGCGAUGGCUCCCCGAGCUGCAUACCUUCCACUUUCCCGAGGGUGAAAUGACGAUCACCCUCAAAGAUGUUGCCAUCCUCAUCGGGCUCCCGAUCACUGGAGAUGCCACCAUCGACAACUCGAGAAAACCGGAAGAUGGUUGGGGGCCGUUGAUUCAAGAGCGUUUGGGGUUCAAUAUGCCGACCACCACGCCUGUCGAAGGGGUUGGGCAUCCACCACUGAAUGCGGGGGAAGUAUCGAUCCCGUGGCUUGUUGAACACAUCCAGUUGGAGGUUAAUAUAGGCCCGGACACUCCUGAAGAUCAGGUGGAGCGGUAUGCACGUGUCUACCUCAUUGGCCCGCCCAUACAAGUCCUUUCUGCACAAAUGUCACGGAGUUCUUGCCACGAGAAUCUCGACUCAAUUUUUAGCAUAGUGGAUUCGCCAUUUUCAUAG